UCAUCAUCAGUGACGCUGAUCGGGGAUCAUUAGUGACGCUGGAGCGCGCAGGGCGUCGGGUUAAAGACGGACACACACACACACACACACACCUCUGCCUGACUUCCACCCGGUCAGUUUGGGUCUCUGUAGCUCGUGUUCAUUAUAUCAUGGCCACACUCCGGGCUCUGCGGAAACUGUGCCGGCAUUCCCACCAGCAGACCUGCAGUCUUCAUCUGUCAUCUUCAAGACAGGAAGCUGUGAUCAUCUCCGGCAGGAAGCUGGCACGGCAGAUCCGCAGCGAGGCGCGAGCCGAUGUGGAGGACUGGGUUGCCGCUGGAAACCGCCGGCCUCACCUGAGCGUCGUGUUAGUGGGCGACAAUCCAGCCAGUCACUCGUACGUCCUCAACAAGACCCGCGCCGCGGCGGAAGUGGGCAUCAGCAGCGAGACCAUCCUGAAACCUUCCAGCAUCAGUGAGGAGGAGCUGCUGGACCUGAUCACCAAACUCAACACGGAUCACAGGGUCGAUGGGCUGCUGGUGCAGCUGCCACUUCCUGAUCACAUCGAUGAGCGACGGGUGUGUAAUGCCGUCUGCCCGGGGAAAGAUGUCGACGGUUUCCAUGUGGUCAACGUUGGUCGCAUGUGUCUGGAUCAGUCCACCAUGUUGCCUGCCACUCCCUGGGGCGUUUGGGAGAUUAUUAAACGGACCGGUGAGAAACUCAUUAGAACGCUGGGUAAGAAUGUGUUGGUGGCCGGUCGCUCCAAGAACGUGGGGAUGCCCAUCGCAAUGCUGCUGCACACAGACGGGAGACACGAGCGGCCGGGAGGCGACGCCACAGUGACCAUCUCCCACCGUUACACUCCCAGAGAACAGCUCCGUCAGCACACCAAGAUCGCAGACAUCAUUGUCGCCGCUGCAGGUAUCCCUAACCUCAUCACUGCUGACAUGAUAAAGGAGGGCGCAGCUGUUAUAGAUGUUGGGAUCAACAGAAUAUUGGACCCCUUGACUGGGAAAAACAGACUGGUUGGAGACGUGGACUUUGAAGGUGUUAGGAAGAAGGCCAGCUUCAUUACUCCAGUCCCAGGCGGUGUUGGACCGAUGACUGUAGCUAUGCUGAUGAAAAACACCAUCAAGGCAGCAAAAAACGUCAUUUUAACGCCUCCUCAGCGCGUGCGGAUGGUGGCGUCCUCAUAACAGCCUCUUCUCGCUCGCUUCACAUUCCACACUCCGGCUUCAGUUCAGGAUCUCCGGGUGGAAAGGCAGUUUCUUUAAAUGCUAUUUUUGCAUCCUUUAGUCUAGUUUAUAUAUAUAAAAUAUAUAUUCAAGGGUUUGAGACAAUGAAUGUGCUUUUUCAUUCAGAUAUUUUAAACAAAAUAUACACUAAAUGUAUCAGUAACUUUGCCAAGCAUUAGACACAGGUUUCACUUUGUUUUUACUCUGUUACAGUUUUGCUUUUUCAGCAUUUUGUAUGUUUAAAUAUUAAAAUAGGAUGUUUUGAAGAAUAUUUAUUAAUAAGAAACGCAUCAGAAAUGUUCCAGCACAGCCUCAGUCCGUGUGAACACAGUGUUGUUCCUGAUAUGAAUGAGUCACAUGACCAAUACUGGUCAAUAGUUGUGAGUCAGCAUGCAAGAUAACUGACCAAAUGACCUUUGCAAUGACCGUUUGUUCAUCUGGGGAGUAUCUGUGACUGAACUGACCCAUCACUUCUUUUAUUAUAUUUAUUUAUCUGGAGUUUGGGGAGAGUGAUGAUGAUGACGAGGAAAUGCAGAACAUAUUUACUCUUGGAGAAUGAGAGAAAAUUCGACCGAAGUUAGAUGAGAAAUCUUGCCAGUUUGGUGCUUUUUCAGCUGUAUGUUCCUGACAUGAUCAAGGAAAUCAUAGUUGUUUUGCAUACUAACAUGUAAUGCUUUGAAACAUGACAUUAAAAGCAUCAGUUUAAACUGAUUGUUUCAUUUGAA